GCCAAAAGCAAAACUGACACCAAAAAAUCCAUCUGUCCAGUGACCCGAAUUGUACACGUACGCUUCCCCAGUACACAGGACUUCCCGUUUUACAAUGCAAAAAAUAGCCUGGAAAUGUACUACUGCAAUUCAGCUGCUGCCACAAAGCAGAACUUGUUCCCGAAUCUGCCUUUAUUUUCAUCCCAAAACCAAUACGCCAGAGAUUUGCUUGCCCAAAAAUGUGAAAAAAAUGACCGAACUUUAUCUCCUCUGUCGGACUUCGAUGCCACAUUGAAUUGAUUUUCGCCCUUUCCUGGAUGUUUCUCAAAACCCUCAUCCUUUUUCCUUCACUAGUCUUAUAUUCAUCUUCAUUUUCUUCAUCAGUCAAAGUCCCUUAAGUAAGAAAUUUUCUUUUCUAUCCACAAAUGGGGAAGAAGGGUUUAAUCCCUGCAUAUUCACCAAUACAGCUUCAACCCAACAGAGAAUUAUCAUCCAGAGUUGCUUCCACUUGUUUGAUUGGGAAGAUUAUCCGGGACUAUCCCCUUCACGGACCAGAAGUGAAAAGUUUUGCUGAGCAAUUGUGGAAAUGCAAGAAAGAUUUCUCUGUUUUCGAAAUCAAACAGAAACAGAACACUUUCGUGUUCUGCUUCCAAGAAAGACAAGACUGGAUCAAUGUUCUCCUGGAUUCUCCUUGGAACAUUAAAGGGGGUCUUUUAAUCCUGUCGAUUUGGUCACCUGGUAAAAUCCCAGAUGAGCUGGACUUGUCAUCCUCCCCGUUCUGGGUUCAGAUCCACGGCCUUCCCGUCGAUUACCUGACUGAAGAAACUGCGCUUAAGAUCGGUAAAAUUCUGGGCAAGUUCAUCUGUUUGGAUAGCACUGGAUUUGAUGACGGAAAGUUCUCGUGGAAGAAUUUUCUUAGGAUUCGGGUUAUCAUAGACACUAGACGCCCUCUGCUUACCGGACACUGGAUCAGUCGGACUGGCCUGAAAGACAUUUGGGUUGAUUACAGGUAUGAAAAGCUGGGACUCUUUUGUUACAAAUGUGGCCGUAUUGGGAAUCGUUACAUGAAUUGCAAGUUUCCUGAGGGAAAGGCCAAAUUUGGUCCCUGGUUAUCAGUCCCUCCAUGUUCUGAUGCUACCGCCGCACUUCGUUCUUUCGCCGCCGGUCGUUCCUCUGGGGACGGUGGAAGAGAGGUGGGGGAAAAAGCAAAUUCUGGCACCACCUUGAGUUCUGUGCCCCCAGAACAAACCCGAAAAGAGAUCAUCUAUCAGGAGGAGGAAGACAUUGCGCUGAAGGAAUACUUGCCCCACCAAAUAUAUCAUGCUGCUGACAAAGUUUCAAGAAGGCAUAUGAACAUUUCUCUAAUGUGGUUUAAAUCAAUCUUGAAGUCAGAUAUUCAUUUAAACAUUGCAUACUCCUAUGGCUUUACUCGUUAUUAAGUUUCCCUCAAACUGCCGCUUUGUCUUUGGCCUGUUUGUUUGUGACCCAAAACUCAUUAGUCAGUAACAGUUACUACUUCUCAGAGCAUCAUUGGAUUAGAAACCAAAGUUAGAAUUUAGAAAUCAAUUGUAUUCCAAAUGAUAACCAAGUCUUGCAAAUUGGCUAAUCCGUUUAGAGUUAAACUCAUUACUUACGCAUUACUUGUGCUUAUGAUUGCCAAUUCUGUGCAGGAUCACUAAGCAAAGGUUGAUCACCAACACUAUCGACUCAAUGGCCAUGAUGGUGAACUGUUGGAUAAGCUAUAGCCGGGUUGUUGCUGCAAAAGCCAAUGAUAUCAUCAGCUGGUGGUUCGUGUUGGUGAUGGUUGCUUAUUUUCUGUAUAUGGUGUCGAAGCUGAUUGGAGUAAUUCAGACAUCAUGGUUGCUCAAAGCAUACAAAGGUAAAGCAUCCUCACAAGAGCUAGAGCAGGAUGAUCAUCGAAAGGCUAUCAAGGAUAUCAUGACUCUGGUCUCCUUUUUCGUGCUGCUGAAAUUCCUCUGAAGAUUAUCAACAGAUUUAACCCUUUUGAGUUAUUGGUUUUCAAGUCCAAAAAAAAACCUCAAGUAGUAAUAGUAAUUUUGGUAGCUAUCUAGGAUUCCUAGCUGCUACAUUUUGUUAUUUACUUUUGACCACAACAUAUCUAGUAUCUAACUUAGAGAACUGGAGCAUUUUGGUUCGGCAAUUUCGUUGGCGUUUCGCCCUUUUGCCGUUUGGAAGACAACUAUGGUGCCUGUUUGGCUGUUCAUAUGCAUUGUUUGAGGUCUAUCAGAAAUGUAAUGAAUUUUCUGAGUGAUGCUGCUAUAUGAAGGAUGAAAUUAAACUGGAAUUUCGAAAUUGUUUUUUUGGGCUUUGGGCUCUUGUACUCUUUUCUCUUCUGCCCUUGGGCCCAAAUGCAAUGCCUGGAUAUAUGAUGAAAAGGCAAAUUAUGAAAAGACC